AUGGUUAAAGUCGUGAAGCCGUUUGUGAAUCAAGUGAAAGAAGAUCUGACUCAAAGAGUUCAAGAAACAAUUGAAGCGGAAGCAUUGACUUGGUACACUUCUGACCAAGCAUUAUUUGAUUCUUCAAAAAGGCUUCAGCAGGAGAAUCUUGAAAGUUUCAUGACUGCAACAAGAUCUAAUAUGUCAGUAUUCAAUUUAGAAUGUCAUGGCAUGAUACAAAUUGAUCAUCUACAGGAUGUUGCAGAGGACAAAAGAAAGAAUGCGUUCAAGCUAUGGAUGAAGUUCAACCGAUACAUCCCGGUUGUAACUCUCCGCUUAGUUGAUGGGAUCGCCAUUUAUCUACGCCAUUUGAUAACCAAAGGAGUGCUGAAACAGAUGACAGACAACUUCAUCAAAGAAAUGUUUAUCGAGAGAGACACUUUGGCUAACUGGGUUCCCAACACCACCAAGGAAUGCUCAGGAGGACUGAAUGAUGAUUGGGGUUAGUAGCUGCUGUGCUGAGUUAGUAACUUCUGGAGAUAGCAUGGAGUUUUAAAAGAUGUUUGACAUAGCUAGAGUGACUUGGUUUUAUUACUUAAUGGUUACUUUUUUUUUGUUUGUCAAAAAACUCAACUUUUAGACUUUUUCUGUAGAUCACAAGUAUUUGGUUUGAAAGAUUAUGUGUGGUUGCAAAGC